AUGCGCUUCAUAAAGUCUGUCACCUGGACCCUGGCAGCAUCCGCCACGGCUGUCAAAGCUCUAUCUAACCAUACCUCUCAAUCUCCGCCCCAGCCAACUGCCGAUGAUGGUCUUCCAUCGAACUUUGGACUGUUGCUCUUCCCUGAGUUCCAGUCGCUGGAUGUCUUUGGUCCCCUUGAUGCCCUUAACCUCUUCUCUCUGGCUCGAAAGCUGAAUCUGUCCAUCAUCGCCGAAACAAUGGACCCAGUUUCAACCCAAGUCCGGUCAUCACAGAUCAACAAGUUCGGAUCUACGUUUGGGGAAUCCAUCAUGCCCACGCACACGUUCAAGAACGCCCCGCCAAUUGACGUGCUCCUUAUCCCCGGCGGUUAUGGAACCGACAGCCCUAACAUUGGGCCAGCAAUUGAGUUUAUCAAGAAAAUCUAUCCAAAUCUGCAGUAUGUCUUGACUGUCUGCACAGGGUCUCAGCUUCUGGCACAGGCGGGUAUAUUGGAUGGACGACAUGCAACUACCAACAAGCAGGCAUACAAGCGGGUCACGAAGCACGGCCCGAAGGUGAAAUGGGUACCCGAAGCAAGAUGGGUGGCUGACGGCAACAUCUGGACCUCAUCGGGGGUGUCAGCGGGUAUCGACUUGAUGUUUGCUUUCCUCGAUGCAGUGUACGGAACAGUGGUGAGCAGCCAAGUGAGCGAAGGGAUGGAGUAUGUGCGCAAUGUGGACUGGAGGAACGAUCCGUUUGCGCAUUAUAUCAAGGACGGCGAGCCGAUGUCUUGA